AUGCUCGGAAUGGUUGUCUUGAUCGUAGGAGUCACUGUUCAGGUUGUGACAACCAGCUUGGGCGUGCUUUACUUUGGCCGGUUGGUUACUGGUCUCGCCAACGGACUGAUCAUGAAUUUCACAUUCAUGUAUGUUGCCGAGAUGUCCCCUGCACAUUUGCGAGGUGUUGCCUAUGCUAUGGUGUCUGGUUGGGUGACUUUGGGCAGUGGAAUAGGUGCGGUCAUUAUCAAUGAGACAUCGACAAUGAUGAACCGACUUUCUUAUCAGAUUCCACUCUAUACUCUCUAUUUCCUGCCUGUUGUCAUGCUCGUGGGUCUAUUCUUCCUUCCGGAAUCACCUCGCUGGCUUCUAUUGCAUGGAAAAUCCGACGAGGCACUAAAGUCCCUCACUUGGAUCCGUGCAGACGCCUGCGAUCGGUUCGAAGUUCUCAAGGAAUUUGAGGAAAUGAGGAUCAAUGUUGAGCUUGAAUUGAGCAGCGAUUCAAAGGCAGCGUUCUUUGAACAGUUUAACAAGCGCCAUCUCCGUCGUACCAUGAUCAGUAUCGGAGCUGGCCUGAUGAAUCCGGCAGUCGGUGGUAUGUUCGUGAUGGCAUUUACGACCUAUUUCAUGAAAGCAAAUGGUGUUGAAGACCCCUUUAAGUGGGGUAUAGUAGGGCAGUGGGUAGGAUACUUCGGACAACUCAUCUCAUACCCAUUCAUCGCCAUACUUGGAAGAAGGACCAUGCUACUACUCGGCGUCGGCAUGUGCUGUACGUCUAUGCUAAUUCUCGGAAUCCUAUUCCAAGUUCCCGCGAGCCAGUCUGCUCGCGCCAGUGGCAUUAUUUUCUUCAACACAUUCUACCAUUUCGGUUUCAACUUCGGCGUCGUCAGUCUGGUGUACAUGGUCUCGGGCGAAAUUCCCGCGCAGAACCUUCGAGCCUGUACAACUGGAAUGUCUACCGGUAUUGGCUUUGUGUUUGCGUGGUUGACUGCAUUCACGGCGCCUUACUUCAUUAACCCCGCGGAGCUCAACUGGGGUGGCAAUUAUGGAUUUAUCUGGUUUGCCUCCAGUGUGCUCGGAAUGGUUUUUAUCUAUUUCUUCGUCCCUGAAAUCCGGGGGAGAUCUCUUGAAGAGAUCGAGGAAAUGUUCGAUAAAAAUGUCCCAGCCCGAAAGUUCCAGAGUUAUGUCUGCGAGAACGUGGAACGGGCAAAUAUGGAAGCGGCUAAAGACUUGGAUCAUGAGGAAGCAAAGGAAGGGCAGAUUGAGCAUAUUGAGGUUGCUCGCACUUGA